UACCAUUUCUCAUUUUAUCAAACAGAAAUCUGCCAGCCAAGUACCAAUCCAAUCAAAUCAAAAUCAAAUCAAAUCGAGUCCAAAUCAAAUCAAUGCAUCCAAAUCCAAGUACAAUUACAGGCAAAAGUACAAAUACCAGUCAAAUACCAAGUCAAUGUCUAAGUAUCCAAAUUGCAUAAGAGUCGCGUCUGCGCAGUGAACAGAGCCUGUUCCGCGAGCAUUACUUGUCGCCCGUCCACUUGGUUGGAGUUCCGGCUCCCGAAUCCGUACCCAAUGUCACCCAAGACACCCUGAUUCUGAUCCCGGUCCGGUUAAGGAGCCAGCGCCAGCCAAGUCAAGACAGCUCAAGAAAAUAAUGCUAGAUUCUCGAUUAUCGAUUCUUGAUUCUUGAUUCUCCAUUCACGAUUCUGACGAGCGCCAAACCGAAAAGAACGGAACAGAAUCGAACCGAACCGCAGAUCCAAAAAAAGAACAAAAAGCUAACUGAUUACAAAGUAUACAGAUAUUGUGUAUAGAUCAUCACUACAUCCACACCCGACAUGUCGGCGGCCCGCCUGCCCUACUAUCAGCAGGAUCAGGAGGACGGCCAUCAGCGGCGCGCCGGACGCGGCCAUCAUCGCGGCUACUACGAGCGUGGCUCCGGUUCCGGAUCCUCCAGACGAGAGCGUAGUCGCUACAGUCGCAGUCGUUCGCGUUCCCGCAGUCGCAGCCGCUCCGCCGAACGCUCUGGCCAGCGUCGCCGUCGCCCGGAUCGGCAGUCAUCCCGUUACCAUAGAGAUCGCGACUCCAGGGAUCGCUCCAGGGAUCGCUCCAGAGAUCGUUCCAGGGAUCGCUCCAAAGAUCGCUCUAGAGAUCGCUCUAGGGACCGCGAACGUGAUCGAGAGAGGGACCACUCAAGGCGCUCCAACCACUACCGCCGCUCGGAAUCUCCGUCCUCUUCUGGCCCUGGAUCCAGCAACAGUCGAAGAGGCCACCAUUCAUCGUCAUCUAGUAAAUCGGAGCUAAGCGCCGUACAGAAAGCAGCCUCUGCAGCUGCCGCCGCCACAGAUCAAGUCCAGUUGGCUGGCAAGAGCAGUGCCGCCUCCGCGGUGGGCGCCUACUACAACCUGGACACCGACGAGCCCUUUGACAAGGAGCGCAUCCACCGCGAGAUGGAGCAAAAGCUGCGCGAAGCACUAGCCAGGGAGGGCAAAGUGUACCCGCCGCCAAAGCCGGAGCCACCUUCGCAUCCUGUCUUUGCCAACGACGGCUCGUUCAUGGAGCUGUUUAAGAAGAUGCAGGAGGGCCAGAAGCAGCACGCGAGCAGCCAGUUGGUCCAGCCAGCGGUGGAAGAGCUCCUGCAGCAGCAAAUGGUUUCGCCGGAAGUCACCGCAGUGCCUUCGCUGCCAGCCAUUGCAGUGGGAGCUGCCAGCAGUGCUGCGGCACCGUACAUUGCCGCCGCGGCGGCCGGCAAGCUGGCACCGCCUCCACCCAUCGUGGGACGACGUCGCGGCGGAAAGGUCCUAAAGACUGGCGUUGUGGCCAAGGUGAAGACGCCCAAUGAGAGCGACGUGGACCCCAAAGACUUCUGGUCGUUGUACCUCGCCGAGGUCAACAAGUACAAGAGCAACGCCUGCGAUACAGACAACGGCAAGCGGCCGCUGGUCAAGUAGUCGCCUGAACAGUCCCGCUUUUCAUAGAAACAUGAACUUGAACGCAGAUAGAGCGAACAACGUGUACUCCCCAGCCGCAGAUUCGAUUUCGAUUCGACCAAUACCCCUGUUCCGCACUCCCGAGACACAAAUUGAGAUCCCCCCAGCCUUUUUGAAAGAUCUGUACACGAAAACAAGCGAGCACAGAUGCGUAGCUUAUAGUUAUAGUGGAGGGCUUUCGAGCUGCAAGCGCGAGCAGUGUAAUUUGUAUUUUUUUCACACGAAUCGAGGGACUAGCCACAGCCUCGACAUACACAUAAUACGAUAAUCAUAGUCUAGAUAGUAAGCGAUAAGUUUAGCAGAACCAUACGAGUGUAUCUCUCUAUAUAAUAUGAUAUAUAACGCUCAUUAAGCAACCGCAAACUGAAAAA